CAAAAUAUAUCAACCAAUGAGAAGAAAGCUCGCGGAUUGUGUGUUUCUGCAAACUUAUUUCAUCCGUCCGAUUUCAACAACGACCCAAUAUCCCCCCUUCACCGGUCACCGCCCUGCCCACGUCGCCCCCGGGCAAGGACCCCCUUCUCUUUUAAACGUCCCCGGAGCUCAACAAUUCUACCCUAUUCGUUUCCCCUAUUUUGACAGCAAAAGGAUUCGAAACCCUAGCCGUCGCACUCCCGUCCUCCGAUGGCUCGUACGAAGCAGACCGCUCGCAAGUCCACCGGCGGCAAAGCCCCCCGGAAGCAGCUCGCCACAAAGGCGGCGAGGAAGUCGGCGCCGACCACCGGCGGUGUCAAGAAGCCCCACCGCUACCGCCCCGGCACCGUCGCUCUUCGUGAGAUUCGGAAAGUACCAGAAGAGUACGGAGUUGCUGAUAAGGAAGCUGCCGUUCCAGAGGCUGGUGCGUGAGAUCGCACAGGACUUCAAGACGGAUCUCAGGUUUCAGAGUCACGCCGUCUUGGCCCUCCAGGAGGCCGCCGAGGCCUAUCUCGUCGGGCUCUUCGAGGACACCAAUCUCUGCGCCAUCCAUGCCAAGCGCGUGACCAUUAUGCCUAAGGACAUCCAACUCGCCCGCCGCAUCCGUGGAGAGCGUGCUUAGAUUCGUCCCCCGUCUCUCUCUCCCUCUCUCUCUCUUUUCUUUGUUUUGUUUCUUUAUUUGCUGAAUCUGUUAACUCUCUGGACUAAUCUCGUUAAGGUUAUAGGUAUAAUGGUUACUUUUAGGACCUAUUAUGGUUACUCUGAAACCUUUUUAAUAUCUUAGUGUUGCUGUAUAUUCUUGAAUUAGAAGCCUCGAAUUUGGAAUCAUGUAUGUUGGUAUCUGAUCAUUUUGGUUGUUA